AUGGACAGUAAAUCACGUUACGAGCACCUACCAAUCCCCUCUUAUGAAGAAGCCACCUCCUCUCGACCUACCUCCUCCCAAUCGAGAGUCGGCCCUGAAGAGAUCAGUGACGAUGCCGAAAGACAAGGCCUUUUGCGCAAUGAUUCCCACGGGAAUUACCAACCCCCGACCGUUGAGUCUGCUCGGGGCAGUCUGGAUUCGUUGGACGGGCUUGAGCAAGAAUCGGAAGAGGAACGACGUCGAGAUAUAGAACAGAUGGAUAUAGAAGAUCCUCUGAGUGACACAUCCUCCAAUCGUUCCCUCUUGCGCUACCAAUUAUCCAAACGAUUUUCCAGUAUCACCAACUCCUUCUCAUCCCUAUCGCUGCCUUCCUUUCGUUCGUACUUUUCCAACAUACCUUGGCCUCAGAUAAACUACCAGCAACUCGACUCAAACCGCGUUGUCAUCAUCGGUCGACUCUUUGGUGUUUUCUUGAUCAUGGGCAUUCUUUAUGUACUUAUAGCUUCCGACGUCUUGUCAUUUACGAGAAACAGAAUGGGAAUGGGUCAGAUGUUCGAUCCAGAAUCUAUAAGAUUGUUUAUUCAGAACCACAUGAACGAUCGCGGAGGUAUUCAGGCGAAUCUCAAACACAUAACAGACUUUCCGCAUAUUGCCGGCACCGAGGGGAAUUAUGUCCUCGGAGAGUGGGUGGCCGAAUCAUUUAAAGCUUCUCGCCUCACAGAGGUAUCUAUGGAAAGAUUUGACGUCUAUUUAAAUUACCCGAGAAAGGAUGGUAGAAGAGUCGCAAUCGUGGAACCUGAAGAACUGAAAUGGGAGGCAUAUCUUGAGGAGAUUCAGGAGCAAGCACUUGUCUUCCAUGGACAUUCAAAAUCCGGAGAUGUCACUGGUCGUCUUGUGUACGCCAACUUCGGUUCGCGAGAAGACUUUCAAACACUUGCAGAUAAGGGCAUAUCUGUUAAAGAUGCCAUCGUAUUGGUACGCUACUACGGUUCACAGGGCGACCGAGCGUUGAAAGUCAAGGCCGCUGAGCUGGCGGGAGCUGUGGGUUGUAUUAUUUAUUCAGACCCUUCGCAAGACGGAUUCGUUCAAGGGCCUACUUUCCCAAAUGGUAGAUUCAUGCCCGAUGAUGCGGUCCAGCGAGGAGCGGUCAGUCUUAUGUCUUGGGUUGUGGGUGAUGUUCUGACUCCCGGAUGGGCAUCGACUCCCGCCAACAAAGAACAUUUAAGGCCGGAGGAUAGCCCAGGUCUAAACAAAAUCCCGUCACUACCGAUUUCCUGGAAUGACGCAAAACAUCUGCUAAACUCGAUCAGAGGGCACGGUGUGCAAAUGACAGAGCAAUGGAAAGGCACUCCACAAACUGAGUACUGGACUGGAGAUGGAACCUCGCCCAAGGUCAAUUUGAAGAACCUUCAGGACGAAGAAAAGAAACAGCCAAUUUACAAUGUCGUUGGCCAGAUCAAGGGCUGGGAACAACCUCAAAAACGCAUCAUCGUUGGCAAUCAUCGUGAUGCGUGGUGCACAGGAGCUGCCGAUCCAGGUAGCGGCACCGCUGUUAUGCUGGAAGUCGUCCGGAUUUUUGGAUUGCUUACCGAACUUGGGUGGAUACCACGAAGGACCAUUGAGUUCGCUAGCUGGGAUGGUGAGGAAUACAACCUCAUUGGCAGUACUGAGCACGUCGAGAAUCGUGAAGCCGAGCUUCGCAACGAAGGUGUUGCCUAUCUCAACGUUGAUGUUGGCGUUUCAGGAACGGAGUUCCGCGCUGCUGGCUCACCCGUCUUCGAAAAAGCCCUCGUCCGCGUUCUGGACCGAGUUUGGGAUCCUUCUGGAGCAGGUUCGAUUGGUGGGGCUUGGAAUAACAGCGUUCAAGGUUUAGCCGGUCUCGGGGCUGGGAGCGACUAUGUCGCUUUCCAGGACAUUGUCGGUACCUCGUCCAUUGACAUGUUCUUCAAGGGGGAAGAGUAUCCAUAUCACAGCUGUUAUGACAAUUUUGAAUGGAUGGCCAAAUUCGGUGACCCGGAAUUUUUCUAUCACAAAGCGAUGGGCGAGAUUUGGGCGCUGCUUCUCUUCGAACUAGCAGACAAACCCAUCAUUCCAUUCGAUCUAAACAGCUAUGCAAAAGCCCUCGACAAGUACAUCAAUGACUUGGAAACAUACGCCCAAGCAAAAGCCAACUCUCCACAGAAGCGAGAUUCCCCAUCACUCGACCUCAACCCUCUUCGCAAUGCCGCAAGCGUACUCACAGAACAGGCACAUGCCUUCCACUCCUUUGACGGGACAUGGCGAGACUUCUUCUUCGGGUCCGGCGGCUUCGAGUCCGGAUCCCUGGCGAUACAGCGCAUUGAGCACAACGAACGCCUCGCGCAUUUCGAAACCGACCUCCUCGACCUGGCCGAAGGCGGCGGGUUAGCCAACAGAACGCAGUUCAAACACGUUCUCUUCGCACCCCAGCUGUGGAGCGGCUACGACGAGGCGUUCUUCCCUGCCAUCCGUGACGCUGUCGAUGAGGGACACUGGGAUUACGCCGCUGAGCAGGUUAAGAAAAUCGCGGGGAUCAUGGAGACCGCGGCACGAAAUCUGAAUCGUGUUGUCGAACAUAAAAAGCCCGACCGCUGA